AUGAUCCUCUCAGAAACACCCAAGGGCGGUAUGAAAGGUGGAAACUUGAGAGUGGGAGGUCAAUAUGUCGUACAAAGACCUGGUCAUCCACCUCGUGUUGCUACGAUCUUAAAUACUCGAGUCAACAAGAUAGGCAUACAAGAAGCAUACAUUACAUUCCUCGGACAGGAUAAACGAUUAGACCUCUGGAUCAAAGAGGAUGAACUUGGUGAAGAGAUUAUACAGGCUGAAGAUGGACUGUCGACGAAGCCUAUCAAUGCAAAUACCGAUGGACACAAGGAUACCUCUCAGAUACAACCGGAGGCAGGUCCUUCCACACCAAUAGAUCGAAAUAAGAGGUCCGACAGAUCACCACGAAGUAAUGCGUCUACACCAGAGAGGGAACAUGCUGCUAUGACAAGAGUAAGGAAUUUCGAAGAUGUUAGAUUUGGUGAAUAUCUGAUUAAAACUUGGUAUUACUCCCCUUAUCCGUUACCUCUCGACGAUCCAUCUCAUCCCCAACAUUCACAUGCCCACACACCUCAAGCCGAAUCUUCUUCUUCUUCAGCGAAGAAACGAAAAUUGCACGCCAACGACAAUCCGACACUAACCCCUGAUCAAACGAUGUCCGGGUUAGAAAAUUCACAUAGACCGCAUUUGAAACAUAGUAGAACGGUCAAUGAGAUGUAUUCUGGAGUGGGGAAGGGCGGGGAAGGUGCAAGAGGCAGAUUAUGGGUUUGUGAUCUGUGUUUCAAGUACAUGAAGACUAGAACAGGAUGGGAUAGGCAUACAUCAUCCUGUACAAUGCUACAACCUCCCGGAAGGAAAGUCUACCAGAGAGGGAGUUAUACGAUAUGGGAAGUGGAUGGUGCGAAUGCUACGCUAUAUUGUCAGAAUUUAUCUUUAUUCGGUAAAUUAUUUAUAGAUCACAAAUCAGUUUUCUUCCAUGUUGAGAACUUCCUAUUUUACGUCUUGUGCGAUGCGGCUACGAGUAAACGAGAUCAGGUGAUGGCUUUCUUUUCCAAGGAAAAAGUCUCAUACGACGAUUAUAACUUGGCUUGUAUAGUUACUUUCCCACCAUUUCAGAAUAGAGGGUUUGGUAAACUCUUAAUCGAAUUCAGCUAUUACCUCACAAAACAUCCGUCCACUCGCCCCUCAUCCCAAUCACCAGGUACACCCGAAAGACCAUUAUCCGAUCUGGGUUUAAAAGGAUAUACAGCAUAUUGGGUUUCGGUAAUUUUACGAUUCCUCAAAAGCCUCUUAGCCGACUCGGAAUCUUUCAAACCUCCUCAUUUGAACGAAUCGCCAACUAAAUCAAAAUCGCCAGUUAAGGCUAAAGUGAAGAUCGCCCCUGUUACACCUGUCAAGGAAGGUGAAGGAAGGGUAUUGAGGGUACGUAAACCACUUGUGGACGAGGAGAAGGUCUUGGUGGGAUCCGGUGGGAAGAAAGAUCAGAAGAUGAUGAUUGUGGUUGAUGGAGUAGGGUUCACCAAAACACCUAUCCCGAACUACAAAGGUCAAUAUAGUCUAUCCCUCGAUCUAUCAACUAUAGCGAAAAGUUGUCAUCUCAGAUUAGAUGACGUAUCGUUCACUCUAUCCGAAUUGGGUUUCUUAACACACCGAAGGAAAGUCCAAGUCAUUGAGCCAAAAAAGAGGUUGAGGAAUGGCCAUGGUCAUGGACAUAGUGCUCUGAAGGGUGAGCUGGGAGAGGAGCAGGAGGACCAAGAUGAAGAAGGUAUAGACGAGCAAGAGGAGAUAGGAGAAGAAUGGAAAGACAUCGAAAUUGUCAUAAGUAAAGAUAUGGUUGAUGAACAAUGGAUGAAAUGGAGAGUCAGAGAUAAAGGGGUACUGCAAGAUGAGUUUGUCUUGUUGUAG